AUGGGUAUAGGGCAUUUUCAGAAAAAUUGUCCACAAAAAGACCAGAUUACGUGCAAAACAUGUGGGGAAAAAUAUGAAAAUACAGAAGAACACGAAUGCUCUGGAGAAGUAAAAUGUAUUCAUUGCUCACAAAAUCAUCGAUCGAAUGCUACAAAAUGUCCAGUAAUAAAAGAUUACAAAUCUGCGUUAACUAAAUCGUUACUGACAAAUCGUGGUAAUAACAAUAGUAAUAAUGCUAAUGCUCUUUCUACAGCGAAUUUUCCACCACUACUAUAUUCAGUACCUCCUCAGAGUAUGACAACUACUCGAGCUCCAUGGGCAUUACCCUCUCAACCAUUAGAUGAAUUAGUUUCUAUGAUCACUAAACAGAUUUCGGAGGAAGCUGAAAAGACGAGAGAGAGUUUUGAGAAAUUCAAGAAAGAAAUGGUUAAGAGAGAUGAAGAAAAGAAUCAGAAAAUAGCCAUACUGGAAGCAAAAGUAGAAAAUUUGGAAGCGAAGUUAGUUCAGUUGGCUGAUAAUCAUACAACUGAUAUAGGAGAAAUCGCAUUCUUUAUUCUAAAUGUAAUUGGACAACUCCCACAUAAAAAAGACGGCAAGACAGCUAAUAAUAUUCAACAUUUAAUGCGGAAAUACCAGUUAAAUGUGAACACUAGCUAA